UAUUUAAGGCUUAGGGGUGUGUGUGAUGUACUCCCGGCUGGAGGAAUGAUUCUGACUUUCCUAAAAUGAGACAAUUUGCAGUAAUGACAUUCAAAUUCUUUAUUUGCGAGUGGGAGACCCAUUAUCAACUCUCUGAAUCCCAGGGUCUAAGAGGUAUCACUACUAUCUUCCUCAGAAUGCUAUCUAAAUCGUCUCCUUCUUUACCCCCAGAACAAAAGUAACCAGCAACCCAUCCCCUCUUCCGUACUCCCCCCAUCGACUUUCACCCUUCCCCAGCGCCCCCAGCAAGGUUUGUAACCUGGCUACUGAGUCAGGGUUUUAUUAUCCCUCCGGUUGGGUGUGAGUACUCAUGGAGCCUAGGGGACCUCUCGCAUCCUUUUGGAUUAGAGAUUUUAGAAAUUAGGCCCUUUGCCUCUCAGAGCCUGCCCUUCCCCCCAGGUGCCACCACGGAGUCCCUGCAGGUUCAGCAGGCACCCUACCUUUGUCUGACUUGAAUGACCAUAAGCUUGUGGACAAGGUUCGUUCCUUGAUCCUUGCCUUCAUCCCCACCUCUAAAACAACACUGGACACAGGGUACAAUGCGGGGGGUGGGGGUCACACUCUUCUGUUGCUAUUCUUUCUCUAUAUUGUGCAAAGUUCCAGUUCUGGGCUGGGAGAGAGGGGGUUAGGGACUUGAGGUAUUAAGGAUUAUUAGGCUGUGGGGCCAACUACCCUGCUCCUCAUCCAUGGUAAGAGGGAAAUGGAAGGGCUGGUUGUUUCCUUCUCCUUUCACUACUCCCAGAUUCCACUUGAACAAUCCCAGUUCACAAGGCCCCCAUCCCUGCCUCAGCCUUCAGGAGUCUAAAGCUGCUAGGAAAAAGGGCUAUUCUGAGUCAGGCGGUUGGGGGCCUGAAAUGCCUGGAUGCCCUUCUUUGCCUCACCCCUAUUUCAGUGUUUGUCACUGGCAAGCAACCUAUCCUCACCCUGGAGGUUAACUCCCCCAUUCGGGGCAGUCUCUGGCCUCCUCCUCCUCCCCCUCCCCCCCAAAGCGGCCAUUGUUCUGGUCAGCAUUUGGGGCGGGGUGGACAGAAGGGAGAAGACCUUGGAGCAGGAGUCCUGAACUGUAGGAGGCCAGGGGAGUGAGGGCAGGCCGUCAUAUCUCUCCUCUAUCUCACCCUCCCCACAGCCAACUGGCUCCCUGCCCCUGCCCCCGCCCCUUGACAUCCCAGACUCCCUGGCUAUUUAAACAGAGAUGGGUGCCCCCAUCAGCACACUGUCCUUUGGCCACCGGACAUCAUGCCUCCCAAGAAGGAUGUUCCCGUGAAGAAACCAGCAGGACCCUCUAUCCCCAAGCCUGCUGCCAAGCCAGCAGCAGGGGCCCCUCCAGCCAAGACCAAGGCUGAGCCAGUGCCAGCACCAGUGCCAGCUGUCCUUCCAACCCCUGGGAAAACCCAGGAGCCCCCCAUCGAUCUCUCCAAAGUGGUGAUCGAGUUUAACAAGGACCAGCUGGAGGAGUUCAAGGAGGCCUUCGAGCUGUUUGACCGAGUAGGGGAUGGAAAGAUCCAGUACAGCCAGUGUGGGGAUGUGAUGAGGGCCCUGGGCCAGAACCCUACCAACGCCGAGGUGCUCAAGGUCCUGGGGAACCCCAAGAGUGAUGAGCUGAAGUCCCGGCGUGUGGACUUUGAGACUUUCCUGCCCAUGCUCCAGGCAGUGGCCAAGAGCCGGGACCAAGGCACAUACCAGGACUACCUGGAGGGGCUUCGGGUGUUUGACAAAGAGGCGAAUGGCAAAGUCAUGGGAGCAGAGCUCAGACAUGUCCUCACCACCCUGGGAGAGAAGAUGACUGAAGAGGAGGUGGAGGCAGUUCUGGCAGGACAUGAGGACAGCAACGGCUGCAUCAACUAUGAAGCCUUCCUGAAGCACAUCCUAAGCGUCUGAGCUCCACAGGUGCAGUGGGGUCGGAUACUUCCCCCCUCCCGCCCCCGCAGGCGAAAGCAAGUUCCUGCCACCAGGAGGCUAUUGUUUCAAAAUAAAGAGACGGUUCCUCCCUUGG